AGAUAUUAACAAUAUGAAGGUUUCUUUUGAAGUUUCACUCCACAUUUGCUGCAGUCAUGACAGGCUGGAUCUAUUAUGGAAUGCAUAAUCUCUCGUUUCCUCGAUUGGUAAGACUUAAUUGUUCAGUUUUUGAAAAAAAUAUAUAUAUUUUUGGAUAAGCUCAGUUUUAGGAAAUAUAUCUCUGGUUUUCAGACAGCAAUUCAAAAUUUGGAAAUCUCUCAUUCCCCUUUUUUGUUGAACUCAUAACAAAAACACAGUUUUCUCACAUGCAUCUUGUGUAAUGAGAUAGAGUACAGCUUGCAGAGCCCUUUGAACUGUUCCUUUCCCUAGUUUGGUACUGUGUAUGCCUUAAAAGUUGCUCUUACUGUGUCUGAGACUCUGAGUUGGGGAUAGGGUAGGGAUAUGGUGGUGAGGUUAGGGGAACGCAACAUAGUAUCACAAAGCCUCAGGCUACUCAAACAGGUACACCAUCCAUUAGGUAUAACAAAUUGGAAAGCCCCAGUAGAUCAUCCCAGCUGUUUUGCUGAAUAGAAAUCAUUCUUUGUAAGAAAGCUUAACAAAUUCACCCAAAUAAGGUCAAUUUUUCUAUCAUAAACUAAAGAGGCUUGAGUUACGUGAAAGGGAGUUCUCUUAGAAAUGCUUCUAAGAUUUUUACCGGCAGCCAUAAUAGUUCUAGAUAGAAUGUUCUUUCAAAACUCCAACUAGGCCAGGCUGACUCUGAUAAGAACUUGAAAAGAACAAAAUGAGACGAGUCGAGUUGAGUCGAGUUUAUGAAGGGAAUAUAUUUUGUUCAAAAUGAGUGGAGUUGAGCCUAUGAAGGGAAUAUGUUUGUUGUAUGACAUGGGAUUGGUUUGGUGAGUGUGUGUGCAGCUGGCUAUUACAAUAACAUGAAAGGGAUGGGAGGGCAUGGACUUUAGUUCCUGGAAGAAAGGGAACCAUGAUUUGCAGCUGGAAUAAAUGGUUAGGAGGAGAAGUCCUUUUCGAGUAAAGGUUUAUGAGGUUGUGGGUUCACUGUACAGCUAUUUGUGUAUUUAUUUUUUUCAAGAAGAAUAAUGGACUACUUUGACA